AUGUGGGCGGAGUCUGAGCAAGACUGUCAUGAGACAAAUCGCGCACUGGAAAACAGACAACAGUAUAAAAGAAGUGAGUGUUCUAGGGAACGAAAGCUUAAAAACUACUUCAAGAUGAUGAGCGUUCCAGUUCAAUGCGACGAAGGAAUCAAGUGGGAUUGGCCACUUCAAAAAGGAGAUGGAGUUGUUAAUGUCCUCGACGACGACGACCACUUCGAAGUUGGACUCGAAGCCCACCACUUCCUUCCGAAGGAGAUCGAAGUGAAAAACAUCGGAGACCUUCUCGAGAUUCAUAUGGAACAUAUGGUGAAGACUGACAACUUUGGAGACGUUUCCCGCAAUAUUACUCGUUGCUACAAACUUCCGAAGAAUGUUGAUAGUAAGACAAUCAAGAGCAACUUGGAUUCGAAUGGAAUCCUUCAUAUCCAUGCAAAUAAAAUGCAUUAA